AUGGAUAAAGUCCAAAAGCUUUAAAAACUGCCUUGCACAUAACAUCCUCCCUCCUCUGGCUCCGGUUGCUUUCACUCAAAAAUAUUUCGUCAAUCUGUUUCUCUAUUGGAUUUAUACUGUCUGCUCAAUGAUUUAAUCAUAUUUCUUACCUGGGUUUUAUUGUCUUGAAAUUCAUGGCACACCCUAUUUUCUUCUUAGUUUUGUCUCUCCUAUUGAUUCCUGCAAUUACCCAUCUCCAAUCCAAUGAAGAAGGCUACAUCUCUGUGUUAUUAUCUGAUAAAGGUAUUGAUUUUACUAAGGAUGUGCUGAUAAAUAAGGCAGUGUCCUCCAUGAUUCCACUUCAAUUGCCUGAUAUAGAGAAGCAUGUGAAAAUCCCACUUCUUGGCAAAGUCCUGGUGGUUCUUUCAAAUAUUACCAUUUAUGAUGUUAAUUUUGCUUCUUCAUCUGUUGAAACUGGAGAUACGGGUAUUAUUCUUGUUGCUUCUGGUGGUACUGCGGAUUUGACCAUGAAUUGGAUGUACUCUUAUAAGAAUUGGAUAGUGGUGAUUUCGGAUAGUGGAGAUGCCUCGGUUCAGGUUAAAGGUAUGGAAGUUGGGGUUACUGUUGCUUUAAAAGAACAGGGCGGGGCUCUUAAGCUGUCUCUCCUGGACUGUGGAUGUCAUGUGAAAGAUAUCGAUAUUAAGUUGGAAGGUGGAGCAUCUUGGCUUUAUCAAGUGGUGGUUGAUGCUUUUGCAGGGCCAAUAGGGUCUGCAGUAGAAAAUGCUAUUUCGAAGAAAAUCAAAGAAGGGAUAUUAAAACUUGACUCCAGAUUGCAGUCACUUCCAAAACAAGUCUCUGUAGAUCAUGUUUCUGUGAUGAAUGUUACUUUUGUGGAUGACCCUGUGUUGAGCAAUUCUACUAUUGAAUUGGAUAUUAAUGGUCUAUUCAUGGCAAUGGAUAAUGUUUUAAUUCCCAGCCAUUACUAUAAAGGAAUACACGAUUCUGAUUCCUCAAAUUGUCAAACUAAGAUGAUUGAAAUUUCAUUACAUGAAAACGUUUUUAAUACUGCUGCAGUAGUGUACUUCAAUGCAGGUUACAUGCACUGGACAGUAGAUCGAUUUCCAAAUCAGUCCCUCUUAAACACUGCAACAUGGAGAUUCAUUUAUCCUCAACUGUACAAGAAGUACCCAAACGAUGACAUGAGUCUUAAUAUAUCACUAACUUCUCCACCAGUGAUAAUAAUUUUAAAGAAUGACAUUGAUGCUGCCAUUUACUUAGAUGUGACAGUUAAUGUUUUGGAUGGUGGCCAAGUUAUACCAGUUGCAUGUGUCUCGUUGGUAAUUAGAGCUUCAUGUUCUCCAAAAAUUUUAAGGAACAAGAUUGCUGGUAUCCUCAAGUUGAAAAACUUUAAUGUGUCUUACAAGUGGAGCAGUAUUGGGGAUCUGCAUAUGCGUCUAAUUCGGUCAAUAGCUUUCGCUGUUCUCAAAACUGUUUUCAUUCCAUACGUGAACUUGCGCCUCAUGAAGGGAUUACCUUUGCCACUUCAUGGAUUUAUGCUUCAAAAUGCUGAAGUCCAUUGCGCGACUUCCAAGAUGAUGAUAUGCAGCAACCUUGCUCUCACAUAACAGUAACCCUUAGUAGAAGUCAGUCAGUCAGUCUACUUCAACCAGAUGCUUGUGAUACUAAUCACAUGUACAGAAACUGAAUAGAUUCAUUUGCUGGUUUUGGUGAAUAUACAUAAUGGUGUAAAUUUAGCACAAACGAUACAAACCAGAAUUAUUGUAUUUGUGUGCAAUGUAAUAAAUUUUUGGGGACUUGUUGAGUGAAAACAAUUUGUAUUUGGGCUAGAAAGAAUGUUUUUUCUUUUACCA